UGUACCGCCGGUUCUUGACAAAUAAACAGAGAAGCGCUUCACUGCAGCCCGCGUUAUGAGUAGUAGCGACCACAUACUUAAAGACAAAUCAAUAAACCAUUUACAUUAAGUGAACCGCGUCUAUGUGCUGCACACUCCUCUUGUUUUAUUGCGGAACACUUACUUCUUCUUCAAGCGCGUAACCAGACAUCAUUCCAACUGUAGCCAAGCACACGCGCGCGCGGACAUCGCCGCACAAUUUGCGUACGUGGCUACUAUGAAUCUUUCCAGUUUUUUAAAUUAUCUAUGGCAAAUUGGACUGGUGUGUUUUUCGUGGGUUCUUUGUGUGCAAUCGCGUGCGGCACAACAUCCUAUAGCGGAAUCGGGCUUAUCGAUAUCGACGCCGGCCGAUUCCAUGCAAUCGCGCCCGCAUGGUCGUGAAUAUUCCCCCUGGACCCAAUGGUCCAAAUGCGAUCUGCAGCAGUGCGAAAAGAAACGCUUCAAAGUCUGCCACAAGCCGAAAAACGGUCAGCACUGCCAGAACGGUCCACUGCUGAUCCAGACAAAAGCCUGUAAAACCCGCAAAUGCAAAGGAAAGAAGCUGCCCACGCUGAAACGACGCGCCUUUGGGCAUCAUUCCAUCGAUGACCUUUAUGGUGGACGUAGUCUGCUGGCAGAAUUUUUCUUUACCAGCUGGAGCCGCUGGACUGAAUGCUAUUUAAAAGAAUGCAAACAAUAUCGUUGGCGAUUUUGUGAUAUGUAUGCCGUUUGCGGCGAUAAGAUACAUAUUCAGCAGAAGGACUGUGAUGGUGAUUACGCUGAUCUCUGUAUGAAUUAUCGUUUUCCUCUGAUGGCGUUCUCAACUCCCGCUCCUGUUCCCGUGGAUGUACCGGCAGCGGACAUCUUGAGUCUGAAUAGUGAGGAAGAGGCAACGCUGGAUGACGAUGAGCUGUACAAUGCAUACGUCGAGACACCGACAACAACGGAAGCGACAACAUCAACGACGACACCCAUGAUGCAUCGUCCGGGGCUUGUUUACUCCGCUGUAAGUUACGAUCCGGCCAGUGAGACCACGACUAACCAGACCUGCGGUGUGGCACCGCUAGCGCAAACAUCGAAAAGAUCGAACAUUCGUACCAAGAUCUUUGGUGGUGCGGCUUCGGUUCAUGGCAAAUGGCCGUGGCAGGUUGCCAUUCUGGAUAACAAUUAUCGUCACUUCUGCGCUGGUACCUUGAUAUCUAACUGGGUGCUGACGGCAGCUCAUUGCGUAUUAAGGAAGAAUACCGGUAAAAUACACGUUAAGAUUGGAGAACAUUACGCUUAUCGUGAUGAGGAUUCUGAGCAGCUUUACGAACCCUCACGCAUUGUUGUUCACCGACAUUUUAAUCCAAGGACAAUUGAAAACGAUAUUGCCAUGCUGAAGAUAGAUGAUAUCAGCUGGAACGAUUAUGCACAACCGGUAUGUUUGCCGGACGCAGACGACGACACGAAACUACUUUUAGACACAACACAGUGUGUUGUGGCGGGAUGGGGAAAGCGCCGAUCAUAUGCCCGGAUGGGUGCCGACGUCCUGCACGAAGCACCGGUACAGGUGGUCGACCAGCAGCGCUGCCAGGAAGCCUACCUGGGCGAGCACCCAAUUUUACCGCGCAUGAUGUGUGCUGGUAGUGGACCACGGGCAAAAGGUGACACCUGUGAAGGCGACAGUGGCGGGCCGCUUAUGUGCCAGGUUCGAGAGAACGGAGUAGCGGGUCCGUGGCGGAUAUUCGGUGUGACGAGUUUUGGUGACAGCUGCGGAAAGGAUCAUAAAUACGGUGUAUACACAAGGAUUUCGUCCUAUCUAUCCUGGAUCAACCAUGUAAUGAGGUUAAACUGAUUGAUUCUUAACUUCAUCAAAAAUGGUCUAUACGUUUUAUUCAAAGAUUUAUUUAUAUGUGUGCACUUGAUUACUGAUACUAAUUACAGCACAAAGCGUUUUACGGUUUCCUGAAACUUAAGUCGAGGGCAGCUAUAUGUAUAUGUCAAACAUUAAGCACAAAUUUGAAAUUUGAUUAAACUUCCUGAUAUGAUCCAGAAGUUUCUACUUAUCUCAUAUAUGAAGCAAAUUAAAUUUUGCAAAUAA